CGCCUCUUGCUCCAUCUUCGAUCCCUCGCAAAUUCUUCUAUGUCGAUCGAAACUUCGAUGAUUUGAAAACACGAACUGAGUUUAAAAAACCCUUUUCCGCUUUCCUAGGAUUUUCUGCCGAAAAUGGCUUUCAUUUCUAUGUCUAAACCUUACCAGUGGAAACCUAGGGUUUAUCAUCUCUCACUUCCCAGAUCGUCAGACCCGACUGCCCUCUCCCUCUCCCGUUUAUUUAGCUCGACGGAGGAAAUCAUCAAUGGAGGCGCAACCCCAGAAUCCCAAACUGCUGAUGCAAAACCGGAAACGGAGAAUCCGUCUUCAACUCAACCGCAGAGGGAAAGAUUCCGGCGAGGUAAGCGUCAAAAUCAUGAAAAGCUUGAGGAUACUAUAUGUAGAAUGAUGGAGAAUCGGGCAUGGACGACCCGUUUGCAGAACUCGAUCCGAGAUCUCGUCCCGGAAUGGGAUAAUUCUCUGGCGUAUAACGUGUUGCACGGUGCUCGGAAAGUGGAGCACGCUCUCCAGUUUUUCCGGUGGUCGGAGAGAUCUGGAUUGAUCCGACACGACAGGGAUACGCAUAUGAAGAUGAUUGAGAUGCUGGGUCGUGUCCAAAAGCUCAACCACGCCCGGUGCAUUCUCUUGGAAAUGCCCGAAAAGGGCGUCGAAUGGGAUGAGGAUAUGUUUGUUGUUCUGAUUGAUAGCUAUGGCAAAGCGGGCAUUAUUCAAGAAUCUGUGAAAAUCUUCCAGAAAAUGAAGGAAUUGGGUGUGAAUAGAACGAUCAAGUCUUAUGAUGCAUUGUUCAAAGUGAUUCUAAGGCGAGGCCGGUAUAUGAUGGCGAAACGGUAUUUCAAUGCGAUGUUAAGUUCGGGAAUAGAACCAACCCGCCACACCUAUAACAUAAUGCUGUGGGGAUUCUUUCUUUCAUUGAGGCUCGAGACUGCGACGAGAUUCUAUGAGGAUAUGAAUAAUCGCGGGAUCUUGCCCGAUGUUGUUACAUAUAAUACUAUGAUUAACGGGUUUUACCGGUUUAAGAAGAUGGGUGAGGCAGAGAAGCUGUUUGUAGAGAUGAAGGGGAAGAACAUCGAGCCUUCAGUGGUGAGUUAUACCACCAUGAUUAAAGGCUAUGUUGCAGUGGAAAGAGUUGAUGAUGGGUUGAGAAUGCUUGAGGAGAUGAAAUCUUUCGGUAUCGAACCAAAUGCCACUACCUACUCGACCCUUUUGCCGGGUCUCUGUGCUGCAGGCAAGAUGACGGAAGCGAAGAAUAUCUUGAAGGAGAUGAUGGCAAGACACAUUGCUCCGAACGAUAACUCGAUCUUCCUCGAUCUUUUGGUUUCUCAGUGCAAAGCUGGGGAUCUGGUUGCAGCUUCCGACGUGCUCAAAGCCAUGGCUACACUGAAUGUUCCGGCAGAAGCCGGGCAUUACGGGGUGUUGAUUGAGAAUUUCUGCAAGGCUAAUGCAUAUAAUCGAGCUGUUAAGUUGUUGGACAAGCUUGUUGAGAAGGAAAUCGUGUUGAGACAUCAGAGUUCUUUGGAAAUGGAGGCCAGCGCCUAUAACCCAAUCAUUGAAUAUCUCUGCAACAAUGGCCAGACCUCGAAAGCCGAAGUCUUUUUCAGGCAGCUGAUGAAAAAGGGUGUUCAAGAUCAAGAAGCCUUCAACAGUCUCCUCCGGGGGCAUGCGAAAGAAGGAAACCCGGAUUCAAGUUACGAGAUUCUGAAGAUUAUGUCGAGGAGGGGAGUGCCCAGAGAAGCAAAUGCGUACGAGAUGCUCAUCGAGAGCUACAUGAGCAAAGGUGAGCCGGCAGAUGCCAAAACCGCCAUGGACAGCAUGAUUGAAGACGGGCAUAUCCCCGAUGCGUCGUUGUUCAGGUCGGUCAUGGACAGUUUGUUUGAAGAUGGAAGGGUUCAGACCGCUAGCCGGGUCAUGACAGUUAUGAUCGAGAAGAACGUGGGCGUGAAAGAAAACAUGGAAUUAGUGGCCAAGAUCCUGGAAGCUCUCCUCAUGAGAGGGCACGUAGAAGAAGCGCUCGGGCGAAUAGACCUUCUAACGCAAAACGGGCAUUCACUCGAUCUCGAUGGCCUUCUCUCCGUCCUCAGCGAGAAAGGGAAGACGAUUCCAGCCCUGAAGCUGUUGGAUUUCGGGUUGGAAAGGGAUUACAACAUCGAGUUCUCGAGCUACGAUAAGGUGUUGGACUCGUUGCUAGCAUCAGGGAAAACCCUAAACGCGUAUUCAGCUCUGUGUAAGAUCAUGGAGAAAGGAGGGAUUACAGAUUGGAAGAGCUGCGAUGAACUGAUCAAGAGCCUUAACCAAGAAGGGAACACCAAGCAAGCUGAUGUUUUGUCGAGAAUGAUCAAGAAUAAGAAGGGACAAGGAAGCAAGAAACAUAACUCUAUGACUCUGUAGGACCUUAAAUCUAUGGCUCUGUGUUGACUUAAAUCUCUCUUUUUUUAUUAGUUAUUUGGUCCGACAACUUAAUUUGCUCGUGAGGAAAUAAAUCUUUGUGAAACUGCAUUGUUUUU